UUGAGGGCGUUAGUAUCUGGCAGCUUAUAAUCUUUUCCUGUUGUGAUUUUAUAUAUGAACCGUUGAGACUCGUAAACUCUCUUUAUUCACUAUCUGUCGUUCAUCCAACUAUGUCUCCACUCUUAAUUGUGCUAUUUGCAUUACUCGUGGUGUAUAAAUUAUACAGAUUUGCGUACGAUAAACCACCUAAUACACCUCCAAGUCUUAUUAGGAUUCCCAUAGGAGGAUCUUACUGGUUGUUAUUAUGGAGAAACUACAAAUACAUGCAUUUGGCUCUUGACUAUUAUGCAAGAAAACUAAAAUCAAACCUCUUCAGCUGCUAUUUGGGCGAAUAUUUUGCAGUGAUUGCAAAUGAUUAUGCCAACAUAAAGGAAAUACUCUCGAGGGAAGAGUUCGACGGCCGAAUUACAAAUAUUGAUUAUAUAAAAGAUCGAGCUUUCAAAAAGAAAUUAGGCAUAUUUUUCAUCGAUGGCCCAAAAUGGCAAGAACAGAAGAGAUUUGCUCUUCGCUAUAUGCGUGACUUUGGAUUUGGACGACGUCAUGACAAACUCGAAAGUGAAAUCAUGGAUGAGAUGACUCUGUUUCUCGACAUUCUGAAAAACGGACCCAUUUAUGACGGAGAAAAGGAAAUAAUAAGAGGCAACUUGGCGCUUUUCCCAGACGUUUUAUACGCAUCAUCAGCUAACAACAUAUGGAAUGUGAUGUUCGGUUACAGAUUCGACAGAAGUGAACACGAUGUCUCACGACAUCUCUGUCGCUCGGCUUUAAUGAUGCAAAGAGCGAAUGAUCCGACCGGCGGCGCACUUUUACAAUAUCCCUUCCUAAAAUAUUUCGGCAAUGUAUUUGGCUAUAAAAAUCAUAUAAAAGGAAGUAAUGGGAUGAUAGAUGUUGUCAAGAAAGCUUUGGAGCGUCAAAAAACUACUCUUAGCGAGAAUGAUAAUCGUGGUUUCGCCGAUAAUUAUCUAAAAAAAUUAAACGAAGAUAAUAAGUCACAUAAUUUCACGGAGGAGCAAAUGAUCAUUUUGAUAAUUGAUAUGAUGUUCCCUGCUUUCUCCGCAAUACCAAGCGCUAUUACCAACGCUAUCAAAUACUUGAUGCAUAAUUCCAAAAUUAUGGAAAAAGUCCAGAAUGAAAUAGACAACGUUGUUGGGACUGGCAGAUUGGUCACGUGGGAGGACAGAGUAAAUCUACCUUAUACGGAAGCGGUAAUCCGAGAGUCUUUGAGAAUCGAAACGCUCGCCCCGCUCGGUAUAAUUCAUAGAACCACAAAGAAAACUACGUUAGGAGGCUACGAAAUACCGGCGAAUAUACCGAUUAUCACUAAUUUAGCAGCAAUGAAUAAUGAUCCUGACAUGUGGGGUGACCCCGAAAACUUCAGACCAGAAAGAUUUUUGAAGGAAGAUGGACAAUUAAGUAAAGAUUUGACACUUCCCUUUGGUUUCGGUCGUCGAUUAUGCGCAGGGGAAACUUAUGCCAGAUAUAAUAUGUUUCAAUCGAUAGCUCUCUUACUACAAAAUUUUAACUUCUUUUUCGUUGAAGGUGAACCAUCGAGUCUCGAGGACAAGGUACCUGGUCUAAUCAUCAGCCCCAAAGAAUUGUGGAUACGUUUAGAAUUACGUUGAUUUCUAUCUUCGUCUCUACACAUUUGUAUUAGAUAACAAAAUAUAUAAAAGAAUAUAUAGAAUGUAACCAG